AUGAGUGUCUUUUUGUUAGGUUCAACUGGUUUAGUAGGUUCAGAAAUCUUAUUAGCUGCUAGUAAAUCAUCAACAAUCACUUCAAUAACAACAUUAUCAAGGAAAGUUCCUGAUUUAACUGUUGAAAAAUUAAAUUCAAUUCUUGAACCAGAUUGUUCGAAAUGGCCCCCAAUUGUUAGACUGCACCCCUGUAACAUAUUUGUAUCUGCUUUUGGUUCAACUAAAGCAAAAGCCGGUGGUUCUAAACAAUUUCAUGAUUUAGAUUAUGGAGUUCCAUUAAUGGCAGCUAAAUCUGCAAAAGAAUCAGGUUCAAAAACUUGUAUUCUUAUUAGUUCAGCGAUGGCAAAUUCAAAAUCUCCUUUAUUAUAUUUAAGAACAAAAGGUGAUUUGGAAAAUGAUAUUAAAAAAUUAAAUUUUGAUCAUACUGUUUUCAUUAGACCUGGUGUUUUAUUAGGUGAAAGGAAAGAAGAUCAUGGUCAUUGGAAUAAUUUUGCAAUGAAAGUUGGUGGUUGGAUUCAAAAUACUUGGUUAGCUCCCUUAAUGAAUCCAAUCGAUGCACAAGAUGUUGGGAAAAUCGCUGUUCAUUAUAGUGAAUUAAGUUUGGAUAAUAAAUUGGAUGAAAAAUUGACUAUAAUUGAAGGUUCAAAAUUAGUUAAAAUGGUAAAUACUUUGAAAGCUCGUGGAGAUAUUUAA